AUGGAAACUGUUUUUUAGGUUGCAUUUCAAGUUGGAAAAAAGGAAUUUCAGGAAUAAGUUUAUUUUUAAAUUUGCAAUUAAUUUUUAAAGGGAAAAUCAAUGGGGUCAAAUAAAUUUUUAAUUAAGAAGAACCGUAUGUGUAAGGAGCGAAGGAGAUUGAACAUAAAUAUCAAUAAUAAUAAGAAGGUAUGCAAAUUUCAAAUAAAUUACAACCGACUUAAUUAUCAAAGGAACAUGAAUUUUAGUUAUAAUACGAACAAAAACCUUAAAAUUAAGAUUGACACAAAGUUGUAAUGUUAAUAGGGAGUACAAUUAUUGCUAAUAAAAUAGAAGAGUAGAGGAAAGAAGAGAAGAAUAUUAAAAAAGAUUAGAAUAAGAAAUUUGAGGUAUCAAUUUAAUCAGAAUAAAAUGCUCUCAGUAAAAAUGACUUUUUAGUUGAAACUAAUUUACAAUUAGAAAAAACCUAAAUCAUCAAGCUCAUCAUCGUCAUCGUCAAGUGAUGAUGAAAAAUAAAAUUUCCAAAAGAAAAAGGAAAAAAAUGUCAAAGCUGUAAUUACUGAGACAAUAAUUCAAGAAAAAUAGAAAACAAAUUACAAUUAACCAUUAUAAUAGCCUAUUAUUUAAGAAUAAGAUAAUGAAUAGUUAAAGAAUUAAUUUUAAACUUAAUAAGUAGAAACAUCUUAAAGUAUCAAUAGAUAAGAAAACUAUGUAUUUGAAUUAGCAAGUGCUAACACAGUUUAUAAUUAACCAGAAAAUGCAAACACUGAAUUUUAACCUCAAUAAGAAGUUAGUACCUUUUAUUAAUUUGAAAGCCAAAGAAAUAAUAAUUUAUAAUAGUUUGAAGAUUAGCAACCAAAAAUUACUUUGUAAACUGAGUUAAUUUAGGAUAGUUAACGAACAGCAGCAUUUAAUUUAGAAUUUUAAGAACCAAAUCAAUAGAUAGAAGUAGAAUAUGUAGUAUAGGAAAAACAAGGGGAAUUGUAGGAAGUAAAAAAUCAAAUGAUAGAAUUAAAUAGCUAGCAAACUGCUGAUAUUCAAUCAUUUUAACAAACCUAAUAAAUUUAAGAAUAACUAGAGCAAAGGGUUCAAUAAAGGAAUGAAUUCGAAGAUAAUUACUACAGCAGCUAAGUGGUCUAAAAUGAUCAAUCUUCUUUAAAUUAGUAGCCUAUUUUAUAAAAUUAAUAACCAAAUGUUGGGAGAUGGUAAAUAAGUGCAAUAGCUGAUCUUCUAUAGGCUUUAUAAUUAAUUUUGCAAAAUGAGUAAAAUUAAAGUCGACUUCCAGGAGUCCUCAAAUAGUUUAGAUAAUUAAUUUAGAGUGAAAAAGAUGCGAAGGAUUGUCACUAAUUGGAUAUUACAAACUAACUCCUAUUUAUUUAUUCAUAAUCAAGCUAUUAAGCAUAUUAAAUAGAUGUGGAAGAAAGUUUAUUGGCAAUUUUGUAAUACCAUUAAAUUUUAAAUGAUUAUGAAACAUUAAUAAAAUGGUCAGAUUUGUAAAUAGCAAGGGUGAGCAUAAAUUUAGUAAGAAUUUUAAUAAAAGCAAAAGAAACUAAAUUUAUGAGAAAUAGAAUGAUUAAUCAAAAAGAUAUCAUCAUUCUUGUGAAUUAUUUAGAAGAUUGUUGGGAUGAAGAAUUAGUGUCUGUAAUUUUAACAUGUUUAGAAGGAUAUUGCUAAAAUUCAAAGUGUGCACAAUUACUCUAUUAAUAUGAAGUUAUAAAUCAUAUUAAAAAGUGGAUUUAAAGAUUGUAGAAAGAAUGUUUUUUGCUUAUUGGUUCUUUGUGUUUAUACAACUUUGCAUAAAAAGACUUAAAUGAUCAAUCCAUAUAUUUAAUUAUCAAUAAGUCAAUCAAUGAUUAAAGUAUUGAAAUUAAGUAGAAUGCUUAUUAUGCGCUAUCAUGCUUAUGUUAUUAAAAUAAGGAAGUUUAAUAGCAAUUAUUAGAUUCAGAUUUGUUGUUUAUCAUUUUAAUAGACUUAGAAUAAAAGUCUGAACCAAAGUUGAUUGAAGUCACAGCCUAACUAUUAACAAAUGUCCUGUAUAAGAUAGAAUAAUAGAAAGUUGAAUCUAGAAUUUUAAUUUCUUUGUUGAUAAGAUAAUUAUAGACAUAGAAUACUCUCAACACCUUAAAAUGGAUUCUAAGGUGCCUUUAAUCUUUGUGUCUAUUAAGAUCAAAUUCAUUAAUAUCAAUAUCAGAAUCAAUAUUUGAUAUACUUAAGAAACUGCUAUAAAACAAGGCUUUAUUGAGAGACCUCUUGUAGUUGUAUUCAACAUAUUCUGCCUAAUAACUAUUACCUUCUGAAUAAGUAACUGUUAUUAAACAAAUAAUAUAAAAUAAUAAGGAUGACUCUGUGAUUAUUGAAAAGAGUAUCACUGUAUUAAAUUUAUCUGUCAAAUAAUAUUCAAAAAAGAUUUGUACUUUAGAUAACUUAUAAAUAUUCACUUAACUUAUAGAAUAGUAUAAAUAAAAUGAGAAGGUCAUCAGCUUAAUCUUAAUUCUAAUAUAAAAUUUAGCUUGCGAUAAAGAUAAUCAUUCUACAAUAAAUAAAAGCGUAGUGUAUAAUGCCCUGGAAUUUUUCUAGGAUAAUUAACAGAUUAAUCAUUUUUCUUAGAAAAUCAAAACUAUAAUUUCAAAUUAAUAAAUUUAACCUGAAUAGAUUUAGGUUUAGAUGAAAUAAAUAAUCCUAGAUAACCCUGCAGAUAAAUUAGCAAGAGGAUUUCCUCUAUUAGUCUUUACUUCAAGUUCUGAUACGAAAACAGGAAAUUUAAAGGUAUUGCCUUCAAAUGAGCUUUUCUUUUAAGAGAACUCUGGAGAUAUUAAGGAGAAAUUUAGGAUAAGGUAAGUAGUUGAUAUGAAUUUUAAACCAAACUCAAAUUCUAGUGAAUAUAGAUUAUAUCAAGGGUCUAGAUUUUUCAAUAAAGAUUUAUUCUUUACAAUAAGAGGGAAGUAUAAUAAUAAAUUCAACACCAUAUCAGGUCAAGCUCUAUUAAUCGAAUAAAAAUAAGAACUUGUAUCAAUUUUAGAAAUUUUAUAUGACAAAGCAUCUUGA